GGCCCACAAUUCAUUGCUGCUUGUGAGAAUUGCCAGUCAUCUUUAGUGUUGAUCGCGAGUGGUACGAAUUUAGACAGUUUGGGACUGUUUCAUUUUUAUUCGUAUUUUCUUCAGUACGAGUGUUUGAGAAUGAAAGAAUUAACGGCGAAGAAGCGCGAGAAGCCGCGAGGGGAAAAAGAGCCUAAGAGCGGCAGCGGGCCCGAGCCACAGGAUGUGGAGAUGAACGAAGACGAACAGAAAGCACCCAAAGAACAAGAUCAACUUACACUAGAAGACAUCAGGGAGCACGUGAGGCAGAUUGAGAAAGCGGUGAUGGGGAAGGAGCCACGGUUUGUACUUCGUGCACUGCGUGCACUGCCCUCCACCAGCCGUCGGCUCAAUCCUAAUGUUCUGCACAAGGCUGUGUCCGGAUUCUUCACCUCCAACGCUGCCGGAAGAGAAUUCCUGCUCCGCUUCCUGGAGCAGCCAGUGGAUACUGAGGGAGCCAUGCAGUUCAGGCCUCGCACAGGUAAAGCAGCUGCUACUCCGCUGAUUCCAGAGGUGGAGGCUUAUCUACAGCUCCUGCUGGUGGUCCACCUCACCAACAACAAAAGCUACACUGAGGCUCAGAAAGUGUCUGAUGACCUGCUUCAGAAGAUCAGCUCACAGAACCGUCGUGCUUUGGAUUUAGUUGCUGCCAAGUGUUACUACUACCAUUCCCGCGUGUACGAGUUCCUAAACCAGCUGGAUGUGGUCCGCAGUUUCCUGCACACACGUUUGAGGACAGCUACAUUACGUCAUGAUGCUGAUGGUCAGGCUACACUGCUCAACCUGUUGCUUCGUAACUAUCUGCAGUACAAUUUAUAUGACCAGGCAGAGAAACUUGUGUCCAAAUCAGUUUUCCCUGAACUCGCCAAUAACAACGAGUGGGCUCGCUAUCUUUACUACACUGGGCGUAUAAAAGCCAUUCAGCUUGAGUAUUCAGAAGCGAGAAGGACUCUUACAAACGCUCUGCGCAAAGCCCCUCAGCACACUGCUGUGGGCUUCAAACAGACAGUGCAUAAGCUCUUGAUUGUAGUGGAGUUGUUGUUGGGUGAGAUUCCAGACCGUCUGCAGUUCCGUCAGCCAUCUCUGAAGCGGUCACUCAUGCCAUACUUCCUGCUCACACAGGCGGUGAGAACUGGAAAUCUUGCCAAGUUUAACCAGGCGUUGGAUCAGUUUGGAGAGAAGUUCCAGGCUGACGGUACCUACACACUGAUCAUCCGUCUGAGACACAAUGUCAUCAAAACCGGUGUGAGAAUGAUCAGUUUGUCAUACUCGCGGAUCUCUCUGGCUGAUAUUGCUCAAAAACUCCAGCUGGACAGUCCGGAAGACGCAGAGUUCAUCGUAGCCAAGGCGAUACGUGACGGUGUUAUUGAGGCGAGCAUAAACCAUGAGAAAGGUUAUGUUCAGUCUAAAGAGACCAUGGACAUCUACAGCACUCGAGAGCCACAGCUCGCUUUCCACCAGCGCAUUUCGUUCUGUCUGGACAUACACAACAUGUCUGUCAAGGCAAUGAGAUUCCCACCAAAGGCUUACAACAAGGAUCUUGAGUCAGCUGAGGAGAGAAGAGAGAGAGAGCAGCAGGAUCUGGAGUUUGCUAAAGAGAUGGCAGAGGAUGAUGAUGACAGUUUCCCAUGAGUCUGCAGAACAUUACUUUUAUUAAUGUGUCUCAUACUGUUUUGCUCCCCAGAUCUGUAAAAAAGACUCGUCAGCUCUUCAUUUUAACUUCUGUUCAACUGCGCUCUUCUCAUGGGCCCAUGAACAUGCUGUGAUAUGACAUCAUGAAUGCAUCAUCAGUUUUAGGUCGUGCAGUUAUGUGAACUGUGCAUAGUUGUUUUUCUUUUUCACUCCCAACUCAACAGCUGUAAAAUCUGUACAUGCAUCAGUGUUUUAUAAAGAUGCAUUCAUAAAAAUAAUAAAUGUUCUUAAAUAAUCUCAAAACCUAAAGCUUUGCCUGACUUGCAUACAAGAUGAGAUACAUACAAUUGCUGAGGAGCAGUGUUGUCCUGACCAGAUAUAAUUUGGCUCAUGACUCUAAGAUGUAGGUGAGAUUUUCUGUAAAUGAACUGGUUGUUGGUGUUACUUUACAUUUAAUAGUAUGUUUUUUUUUUCUCGUUGAGAAUUUAUCUUCAAUUAAAAUUCAGCACCGCUUCAGUUAAGUGUGUUUGGUUUGAGUAUUGUAUGUGAUGCCGAAAUAUUUGAUACAUCUAGAAAUGCAUUAAGAAACUGAAGGCAAAUUAAGACACACUUUAGCUUUAGAACAGUUUCUGUCCUGGGAAAUCUUCCAUACUAAACUGUGAACUGAUUUGCUUUCUGUUUAAAUUAUAAUGUUCUUUACAGUAACAAAAAGGACUUAUGCAACAAGUUCAGCAUACCUCAGUUUGAAGAAAUAAAAGCAUCUUAAAAAUGCAAUCCAAAAAAGCAUCUCAGCCAUAAAGUCUUAAGAAAAUGGCAGCAAACUAUCAAGAUGUCUACCUAUUUUAGUGCACUGGGAGUGUGGGGUUGAACAGUAUCAGCAUUCAAGUUAAAAAUUCUCUGUCUAAUAGAUUAUAGUCAUCAUUUGAAAUGGCUGU